AUGACUUUUGACCAAAGCUGCAGCUACACCACGGCCUUCGGUCACCAGCCAUGCUCUCGGCGGAAGAAUCGACUGAAGAACUCGAGCGUUCGGAGGCAUGGCCAGUUGAACUCCGCAGUCAAUAAGAAGUUUCUGGCAGCAGCUCUGGGCAAUUGGCUGGAGUGGUAUGACUUCGGGGUCUAUGCCGCAGUGCCCCAGAUUAUAGGCGCACAUUUCUUUCCAAGUCAGGAUCCCUCCGUGCAAAUCAUGCAGUCCUUCAUGGCAUUUGCGGCUGGCUAUGUGACACGGCCCUUGGGGGGCAUACUGAUUGGAGUGGUUGGAGACCGCAUUGGCCGGAAAUGCGCCCUGUGGACUUCAAUGCUUUUGAUGAUGUGCCCCACCUUUCUCAUUGGAUGUCUUCCCACCUAUGCUCAUGUGGGCUGGUUCUCUACGGCGCUUUUGGUGGUGCUCAGAUUGUUGCAGGGCAUUGCCAUUGGUGGAGAAUAUGUCAGUGCAUUGGUCUUCAGCAUGGAACAUGCUCCUGGGCACCAGAAAACCAUCUCUGGGGCCCUGAUGUCCAUCUCCGUAGCCAUUGGAACCUUCAGCGGUUUCGGUGUGGUGGCGCUGCUGCAGCAGCUGAUGUCACCGCAGGCGAUGAACAGUAUCGGCUGGCGGAUCUGUUUCUGGCUAGGGCUGUUGGUGGGCUUGGUGGGUCUUUUCCUACGCAGCAAGGUUUCGGAUCCAGAGGAAUUUGUGCAAGCCCGAGAGUUUGUGGCAGAGAUGAAUCAGCAUCCCCUGUAUGUACUGUGGCGCCAACACCGGCUGGACGUUCUGUUGAUGGUUGGGGUUGAGGCCAUUACUCCUGCUGCCUGGUAUCAGAAUUUCAUUUGGAUCCUGCAGCUGUAUGAUGGCACGCUUUCACAUCAGAAACCUAUAGCUGGAGCAGCUGAACUGAAUACCACGAUGCAACUGGCGCCGUCCGCGCUGGUGUUGAUCAUUGCCGUGUUGCGAAGUAGCUUUAAUUUCAGAACUGCAGUGCGUUUAGGGAUGAUAUGGCUGGCCAUCUUUGCAUUUCCCGGCUACUGGCUGAUUACGUUGCGAAGUUUCUGGGGCGCCUUUGCUGCGCAGCUACUCUUUGCCAUUGGGGCUGGCUUUGUGGCAUGGGGGAACCCAUUUCUCAUGCAUACUUCCUUUCCUGUGCAUAUCCGUGUGGUGGCCAUGGGAAUCAGCUACAACAUAUCUGCUGCAAUCUUUGGUGGUCCAACGCCUUACGUUUGCUCACAGUGUUUUAGCGCCAGCUUUGUGGCUGGUAUUCAUGGCACUCUUGUCCUUCGGCAGUAUGCGGAUCCUGCAAUGCCGACAAGAGAACAGAACACAAGCCGACUGCGGCACUCAGGGCGUGCUUCCCCUUCAGAUUGGCAGCACGUGAAAAAGGCAGAGCGACUCCAGAUGGCACAGCAGGCAGCCUCAUACUUAGAGGAGCACGACCUAGUGAAAACCUUCCAGGAGAUACUCCAUGGCCUUAUUGUGACCAAACCAGCUGAUCCACACCUCUAUGUUGAGGCUCAUUUGGCCAAAGCCAAGAAAAUGGCCAAAGGUGGUGAUGCUCGGAUGCUGUGCAGUGCUGGCGAGACGGAUCGCUGCAGUGGCGCAGCUUCUCCGGCUGGGACUGAGCUCUACAAGGCCAAGAGGAGACGCUCCAGUGUGCGUGAGCACAUGCGUGCGAAUCAACGCAAUGCGGUGGGUUGCUCCAAGGUUGAGGCUCUUCUAUUGACACUAGAAGCAGCCAGCAACAACUUGGAGUUGGUCUUGCAUCUGGUCCCAGACACCUUGCGAGAAAGUAUCUCGCAUCCCCAAUUUGUGCAACUGUGCGAAGAGGAAUUCCAGAAAUUGGAUAAGGAGCAGCGCGGUGAACUCACGUCGGACGAUUUGUUGGAUGUGAUCGUGGAACUCAGUCGUUCGCAAAAGGAGUCGAUCUCACAAGUGCAAUGCAGGAAGUUCGCUGAGAUGUUCGACAGCGACCAGGACGGGCUGAUCAGUGUUUCGGAGUUCACUCAGAUGGUGCAAUUUGUCACCGUGGCAAGUUGGCUUGAGAGCGAGGAGGGAAAGCAUAUGAUUCAAAAGGCUUCACUGGCAGAACAGACCUUUCAGGACUUUAUCAAGAUGAUCGAAGCAGACAAGGAACGGCUUUGGAGCAUCAUUCCCUUUCUGCCCGAUGGAUUGGUGACCCAUCUGACAGGCAGCAGCUUUGAACAGGCCUGCUAUGAGCAGUUCGACGGCCUUGACGUGGACAAGAGCGGCACCCUCGAGCCACUGGAGCUGCUGCCGGUGAUCCAACUCAUCUGUCAGACGGAGGAACAUGCAAUGCAAAUGACUGAAGAGAAAUGCCGCAGGUUCACAAAUCUCUUCGACACAGAUGGCAACGGUGUGAUCCAGCGUGAUGAGUUCAUCGAAUUUGCGCAGUUCCUGACGGUCAUGAACUUCCUGACCAACACCGAAGAGGGUCAAAGCGUGAAUGAAAGAGCGCAGCAGGUGGUGAACCAAAGCUUGAAAACCGAUGCACUUUAUGAGAUGUUGGAGCAGGACCCGGAUCUACUGGCUGAAGUGCUGCCACAUUUGCCAAAGCCACUGUAUUGGGAACUUACGAGCCUGGAAUUUAACAAGGCCUGCAUGGAUGGCUUCCAGGCGCAAGCCGGAGAGCACUGCGACCCAUCCACCACUGUGCCUCCAGGGAUGCUGACGAAUGUUGUCUAUCAGCUGAUGCAGGGUCACCCCUUCAGCAUCAGUGAAGAGCAUUGUAACCACUUCAUCAGCCGAUGGGACAAAGACCUGAGGAACGCCGUCACGUCAGCUGAGUUCUUGUUGCUGGCGCGCUACAUCAUUGUCAUGGGCUUCCUGAAUUACCAGCUGCAAAACCAGGAUACUCUGGUGGCAGAUUCCAUGUUGGGCAGCGAGAAGAUGGAGUCCUUGUUGGUUGCCCUGAAGAAAGGCUCUGAGAUGGUCUGGGAGAUCUUACCAUUCCUUCCAGAGGCCUUGGUGGAUGAGCUGUCCAGCGACACCUUUGAGCAGACGUGUAUCAACUUUUUCAACCAUUUGGACAAGGAUUCCAACGGUAUCUUGGAGCCGAUGGAACUGCUGCCUGUGGUGCAGGAACUGACCCAGGCUCAUGCCUUCGUCCUCACGGAGGAUCACUGCAAGCGCUUUGUUGACAUUUUCGACAUCGAUCGGAAUGGAGUUAUCGCGAAGGAAGAGUUCGUCAACUUUGUCCGCUAUAUGAUGAUAAUGUCCUUCAUGGAGACACCUGAAGGACAACAGGCGACGAUUGAAGCCAAGGUGGAAGAGAGCGCCCUGGCAGUUGACGGCCUGCUGAAGCAAUUGGCUCGGGAUCGAGAAGCCAUUUUCAAGGUCAUGGGGUUGCUCCCCGAAGCAGUCUACUCGGAGCUGGUGAGUCAGAAAUUUGUGAAAGACUUCAACGAUGAGUUUAAACGCCUUGACAAGGAUGGAAGUGGAGCUUUGGAACCUCCAGAGCUCUUCCCAGUGAUCGUCCGCCUCGCCCAGUCCAAGCCUUUCGCGGUGACACUCGAACAGUGUGCCGACUUCACCCAGAUUUUUGACCUCCGUGGCGAUGGCGUCAUCCGCGCAGACGAGUUCCUGGAUUUUGGCAGGUUUCUGUUCAUCAUAGGAUAUCUUCACAGCGAGGACGGCAAGGCUGCAGCAAAUGAGGCAGUGAAAGUCUUGAAUGACUCCCGGCGUAUUGAGGACCUUUUAGAAGGAAUGGAACGAGACCACGCUGCUGUGCAGCAGGUCGCUUUUUAUGAAGCUCCAGGGUGUAGAGAAUGGCGCGGCCACAGUCUCGUGGUGCAGGGGCCGGGCCUAACAUGGCCCAACAAGGUCUCGGAGUUCCGGCGCGGCGCCAAGUGCAUGACCAGUGCCUCCCGCACCCGACAGGGCACCGCCCAACAACCAGUGAUUGGCGCGGGCACCUGCUUUUUUAUAGCAGCGGCGGAGGGCGACUCGUGGUGCACGGGCUGCAGCGCUUGGGAGUUCCUUGGAAGGGAACUCACGGCCAGUUGGGAUUCUGAGGGAGCCAGGGUGCUGGCAGGUGACUUGGCAGUCACCGCCGCGCGCCAGGUUAAGGUGGUCCUUCUGCUGGCACUGGCCGUGCAGAGGUUCCUGUACCCGCCGCCGAGCCCAAGCGCCGAGCAGAGCAGCCCCACACAGGACGUGAUUCUUUGCCCCGAAGGAGGGCACCUCUACCACCUCCACCAUUGCCCCCAAAGGAGGAGGAGAGCGAAGAAGGAGAAGAAUCAGAGGAAGAGACCAGGGACCGAUCAGUGGGUCGAAGCCCAGCUCCUGAUCAUCGGCCUUUGCCAGACGGUUCAAGGCGACCGCCUGAGCCUGACACCCAUCGCGGAGAAGGAGGCGAUCGAAGGGAAUCCCGCAGGGCCCGUGACGCUGGCAGCACCCGUGCGUCCGACAGGUCCAGGAGAUCCAGGAAACGAGAGCAUCGAGAACAUCGAGACGGUCAUAGUUCAAGGAGGGGCCGCACUCGAGGAGGACGCAAGCAUCAGGUUCAUCGAAAACCAGCCGCAGACUUCUGGGAGCUCACUUCUACGCAGGAGAAGCCCCUUGAGUGCACGCGUCUGGGCUAUUGAGAUGGCCAAUUUCCCUGAGGGAGCUGAAAUUGACGUGGACUCACACGAACAAUGGAGCGCUCUGCAACCAGUGCCUGGCCUAGUCGUAGAAUUCAGUGCCAAAACCUCGUCAUUGGCUCAUGUGGAGGACGACUGGGCUGCCUAUUUUAUCAGCAAAGUGGAAAAUCGUUUGGACGGAAGCUUGGUUUUGUCUGGUCAUUACAUGGGAUGCACCGACCCCGACUUGGGAAAGCAGUUGGAGGAGACGGCACCCAGGAGGGUGCUGAGAAUUCACUUAUGCUUGUCAAGGCCUUGUGUGGAUAUAGAGCCCGAGGCAGAUAUUCACGUCACUACUGUCAGGCUUUGGAGCUUCGAGAACUUCAAAGGGUGCGACUAUGUAGUGGCUUCCAAGUGGACUGCCGCCAAACGGUGGACCAAGGCUUUGGAAGAGGAGAAGGGAGAGACCCCGGGAGGCAAGAAAGGGCCUGGGCGCAAAGCUCCUGGCGCUGGCAGGGCCGCUGGCCGGUUGGCCGAGCCGGCCCGUCGCCGUGCGCACAAGGAGAAGCCUGGGACCGACACUGCCAUACCGGGAGAUCUCAGAGCCAGGCUCCGCGAGAAGUUGGCGGCCGCAAAGAAAAUGAAAGACGCUGGCACUCCAGCCGCAGACGUCGAGGAAUCAGAGGUGGUUGCAAGCUCAGAGGAGAAAUCGUCUUAUACAGACGAGGAAGAACCACUGGGAACGGGAACAACUCUCCCCACACUGCGCCCGCCGGCACUUCGCCGAGGCGAUGGCGCGCGCGCCGAGGGGGUGGAAGAUCCAUCAGCUAUAAGAGACAUUUCUACCAAAAGCUGGAGCGGCCAGCUGGCUUUGAAAGCUCUGGAAGUGACCAAUCAGGAGGCGAAGAAGAAGAAGAAAAAGAAGAGCAAGCAUCCAGGCAAGGAGAUGGCAGAAGCGCUAGCCAAGAUCCUUACACAGGAUGGCAAGAAGAAAAAGAAGAAGAAGAAGAAGAAGAAGAAGAAGAGAAAGCGCACAGUCCUAGCAGAUGGGACGAUACGCAGCUACAGUGCCAGUUCGAGCGCAUCUUCGGACUCGGAGGAGAAGAAGGACGAGUCAGAGACAGAUCUCGAAGCCCCAGUCAAGAAACGAAGCCGGGACAAACCGGGAAGUGUGCUGGCAAUGUUGGUGAACCAUGUCAGAGAUCAAAUGGAACAAGCGGCACUUACCGAUCUUCCACAAGGUCAUCAAGCAGUGACUUCAGGGGUGAAGUUAGCCACAUACUUCGCCCAGCAAGUGAGACCAGCGCAUCCCACUUUCCUGAGGGAACUGAGGGAAAUGCAUUCCCUCGCUGCUACGAUGGACCUCCUCAGGAGGGGAGACAUAGCGAGGGUUGGAGACUCGUUGGCGGCGCGCUUCAUGGCGCUACAUCAAAGCAUCCUGGACAAUGGAUGGACCACGGCGCGCUUCAUGGAACUACAUCCUAUGGAAGAAAGCGCCGCAGGAUCGGCCUCAAUUGUCCUGGCCUCACGAAAACAUGGAAGGUUGGUAGACAAGGUACAAGGGAAAGGAACUCCGGCAUGGGGCAAUUGGGGCUGGGGAGCGCGAGGUCGUGGAAAAGGCGGUUGGAAAGGAUCCGGCGAUUUCAGCAACGCUGGCAAGGGCGAGAAAGGAAAGGGCAAGGAUCGCGGCAAGAAAGGAAAGCACAAGGGCAACCAAGGGACCUGGGACGAGAAAACCUCGGACUGGGCCAAGAGCAAGGAGACACCAGGGGACAAGUGA